AGGACGAAGAAGGAAGGAGGAGGAGGAAUCAGAGCGAGAGAAACAGUGUGGCUGCAGUCAAGAGGGACACAAACGCAGAGAGAGAGCGAGAGAGGAGGAGACGCAGAGAGAAGAGAAGGUUUCCUCCGCUCCUCACCUCACUGACCCAUGAAAGAAGCCAUGCCGGUCCUCACAGCAGGAGCGGGGCUACAUGAAACGUUGGCCCUGCUGACCUCUCAGCUGCGGCCCGAUGCCAAUCACAAAGAGGACAUGGUCUUCCUCAAAGACGUCUUCAGUGAGAGGAGCUUGGGAUACCUCAUGAAGAUUCAUGAGAAGUUGAGACAGUAUGAGAGACAGAGUCCAAUACCGGUCCUUCACAGUGCCUCUUCUCUGGCAGAAGAUGUGGCAGAGGAGCUGCAGAGCGGACCGAUGAGCACCGAGGAGAAGGAGCUGCUGCUCCUGCUGACGUCACCUCAUCUCAAGGCCGUUCUCUCGGUGCAUGACACCGUCGCACAGAAGAACUUCGAUCCCGUGCUACCGCCGCUGCCGGAUGAUUUUGAGGAUGAGCUGGAGGAAGAGUCUGUGAAGAUUGUCCGGCUAGUGAAGAACAAAGAACCUCUGGGAGCCACCAUCAGGCGGGAUGAAGCCACUGGGGUGGUGAUCGUGGCUCGGAUCAUGAGAGGAGGAGCAGCUGACCGAAGCGGUUUGGUGCAUGUGGGAGAUGAACUCAGGGAGGUCAACGGAGUCUCUGUGAUCCACAAAAGGCCUGAUGAGAUCAGUCAGCUGCUGUCCCAGUCCCAGGGCUCCAUCACUCUAAAGAUAAUCCCUGCCAUCAAAGAAGAGGACCGCCUGAAGGACAGCAAGGUGUACAUGAGAGCCUUGUUUGACUACAUCCCACUGGAAGACAAAGCGACGCCGUGCCAAGAAGCGGGACUUCCCUUCAAGCGGGGAGACAUCCUGCAGGUCGUGACGCAAGACGACCACACGUGGUGGCAGGCCAAGCGUGUGGGAGACAGCAACCUGCGGGCCGGACUCAUCCCGUCCAAACUGUUCCAGGAGAGGCGACUGGCCUACAGGACGAAAAUGGGCACACUCCCGAAUCCAAAAUCCCCUAAAAAGCCUGUCUAUGACCAAGGAUGUGAUAAAGAGGACUGUGACUGUGAGGGCUAUUUCAAUGGACAGUACAUAGUCUCUCCUAAGUGUAAAGCAGUGGCGCCCUCCUGUGGCCAGGUGUUUUCCUGGGAAUUUUAUUCAGCUGGAUUACGGAGGAGUUUCCGGCUGAGUCGUAAGGACAGACAAGGGUCCUCUGGAGAGGGCUCUGACCCUGGAGACAGCGACUACAUGACUUAUGAAGAGGUGACCCGCUACCAGCAGAGGCCCAACGAGAGGCCCCGCCUGGUGGUUCUUAUCGGAUCUCUUGGAGCUCGAAUCAAUGAACUCAAACAGCGGGUGAUUGCUGAAAACCCUCACCGCUUCGCAGUGGCUGUACCACAUACCACCAGGCCCAAGAAGCCUCACGAGAAGGAGGGUGUGGAGUACCACUUUGUCACCAAACAGCAAUUUGAUGCAGAUGCUUUAAACAACAAGUUCAUAGAGCACGGGGAAUACAAGGAGAACCAGUAUGGCACAAGUAUAGAGGCUAUCCGCUCUGUGCAGGCCAAGAAUAAGAUGUGUGUAGUGGAUGUGCAGCCUGAGGCCCUGAAGAGGCUGCGGACAGCAGAGUUCAAGCCCUAUGUAAUAUUUGUCAAACCUCGAGUUCCUGAGAGCAGACGUCGCCGCAGCGCUGCCACUUCACCAGGAGGGGGAGAGCAUGGCCGCGUCACAGACGAUGACCUCCAAGAGAUGCGUCAGUCUGCCGUUCAGAUCGAUCAGCAGUACGGGCACCUGGUGGACCGGGUCCUGAUCAAGGAGGACUCAGCCAGUGCCUGUGCAGAACUGCGAGGCAUCUUGGAAAGGCUGGAGCGAGAGUCCUUCUGGGUGCCUCUCAACUGGGUGCGGACCUAAACCCCCUGCAUCCUUACAGAAGAACUUCACAGCCAGCCCAACCAAAUCCUGCACCGGUCCUCUCCUCAUGAGCUGAUCCCCUUCACCCUCCCCAACAGCCCUGCUGGCCAGCCUUGGGAGUCUGCUGAACUCCGACUGACGCAGGGCUGGUCAGACAUAAACUGAGGCACCUAAGGGAUGAUGUCAGAGGAACACCUCGUUGUCGGGGUGUUGCAGCAGAUCGACUGUCUGUCUGUCACUGCAAGUAAUAUUUAUUCAGGUUUGGCUUUCAUUUAUUAAUUGACUUCAAAAGACAGAAAGGAACAGAUGCAAGUUUGUAACUUUAGAAGCGUUUUAUUCCUCACACUGUCACAACAGCGAGGCAGGUUUGGGAUCCAACUCAGAGGAUUGCUCAGUCAGCUUUAUUGUGACUCUUGUUGGAGUACCUUUAGUAGCAUGGGGGUUUUUUGUUUUUUUUAGGUUUACAAAAAAGGCCAAUUGCAGAAUGCUUCCUGUUAAUUCUUACUGCAUCCUGUACAGUAUAACACACUCAUACAUUCAGCAGAACAGGAGAAAUUGAUAAAUAAGUGAAUGCCAUUUGAAACUAAUGUGUUCCUUUUGCUAAAUAUCAUUUCCACACUGACGGGAAUUAAAAUGAUAUCCAAAUGGAACGUGAGAAUUUUAUUUUCUACAAAAAGUUAGUUUUUAGGAAACGCAUGAAAACUGAUUUAGUGUCAGAUGUAAAUAUUGUAAAUGUUAACUCCUCGUGUGCCGACGAAAGAUCUCGUAGCACUUCAAUGCAACAUGUUUACCUUUGAUCCCUGGGAGCCCACAUCUGUUUGUGUGUAGAAUAAUGCCGUGCACAGUGUGCGUGUGGAUGGAUGUCACAGUGUAUGUUCACGUACAGUUCAUUUGCACAUAUCUGUAUUGUUUUUAACUACAGAAGAAGAAGAAGAAGUAGAGGCGGGUAGAUGUCUGUUUUCUUUGAUAUCAAAAAACUGUCGAAACAUUUGUCGAUAUCAGCAAAUAUUUUUGAUUGAGUAAUAUUUUAAUUUAGUCAUCAAGCAAAAAUGCCAAACGUUCCCUAGUUACAGCUUCUCUAUUGCAAGUCAUCUGCUGGUAAACUGGAAGUGUUAGUCGGACAAAACAAGCAGUUUGAAGACAUCACAUUGGGUUUUAAGAAGACUAACAGACAUCUCACGAUUAUAACUAGUGAAAAUGCAUCCCUAUUACACAUUAAAGGCAUGACAGUGAGAUGAUUUGUUCCUUUGCAUUAGUGGCAACAUACUUUACAUUUAGGUUAAAGGACCGUCUUAAAAUGGUGACCUGUACAUUGAAAGAGUUUGUGGUCACAGUGAAAGUCGUCCCUUUGUUCUCUACUUGUUGUGAAAACAUCCCUUCCUAAUAUUCUGUGUAAAAAUGUAUUCAAAAGUUUAGCGCCAACUCAAGUGGGUUUGUUCUUUUGUGGUACAGAAUUAUCCCUUUUUGUUGCUGCAGCUCAGCCAGGGGGGGCUGGCCAAACAAAAACAGGGAAGUUUGUACCAAAAAAACACUUUUCUAGUUCACUCAGAAGCCUUUCAUUCGCUUCAGCUGAACCUAAGAAGUCAACUUUACACAGAACAAGAAUGGUCUCCCAGCAGUUAUUACUGAAAUCACUUUAGGAAAAGAGAUUUUACUGCCUGCGUGUAGAGGACAAAUGAUUAGAUGAUUGAUCCACGUCCACUCUGACAUCUUUAUCGUUUGUGGUUAAAAUGAAGCAGCUUCCAGAUCCCGUCUUUCUUUUUCAAAGAUGCAAAGUUCUCUUCGUGUUCUGUAUGAACCCAGAAUGUUGAGUUUGUAACGUGACCUGUACAAAGUGCCAUAAUAAAAAGUUAGCCGAGUCAAA